UCACGCAACGCUUUGCUUCGGGACAAAAUUAUGGCUUAUCAUCUAGUUUAUUCGUGUUAUAUCAUUUCUUCCUUUAACAUCCAUUGAUUAUCAGUGUUUCUGUCUAGUAAAAUUUGUCUGCUGAUUGACGAAGCGAAGAUAAACUUAGCUGAAGUAAACCUUCGCUUUGUAUUUCAAGAAGUCAGUGUUCCUUUGUAUAUUCGUGUAGUGCGCUCCCUCUUUCUCUCUCUCUCUCUCUCUCUGUCUGUCUCUCUCUCUCUCUCUUCCUCUCUGUAAUGUAUGUUUUGCUAACCACAUAUUUAAGUAUUGCAACUUCAUAGGCCUACUGUGUGACCCAUAUCAAAACCAAUUUUUUGUUAAACAAGAUUAAUGGUUCAAACUACGGGCACCGACUUUAAGAAACUUAGCUAAAACCCUCUAUUAUCUUAAUUUGACAUCUGUUUUUCUCUAUAACCAGUUUUAUCUUUUUCUAUCUCACUCUAUUUAUAGAUACUAUUUUUAAUCUAAAUAAUAUCGACCUGUGAUAUACAUUAACACAGUCAUCAUUCACUCACAGCCUCCUAUAAGAGAGGCUGGCUACCUGGUAAGCAUUCUCCAGGGGGGGAAUAUCCGAGAAAGUCAUCCUCUACAUUCGUAACUUGACGUCUAUAAACUACAACACCCUCUACUCUCGGGUCCACCAAAGUAUGCACUUUAUGUUUGACUGGGAGACGGAAGCCGAUCAUAUCUCAUUUGAUGACAGUGACCGUUUCGAGGAGGAUUCUCUGUGCUCGUGGAACAGCGAGCCCGAGAGUCUGUGCAACAACUGGAGAGGAUGGAAGAGGCAAAAUGGAGGCCAGGCUUUUCCAGCGCAGCAGCAGCAACAGCAGCGAACCACUGGAGACAAGAUUGUGACACUGGUGGAAAUGUCUGCACAGGCUGUUGCUUGCCACAUUCCUUUUGAAGUUGUUGAAAAUUUCCGACAGCCUGUUCCAGAUCAACUUCAACUCAGGAUUGCUUUUUGGAGUUUUCCUGAAAAUGAAGAAGAUAUACGGUUGUAUUCUUGCCUGGCCAAUGGCAGUUCUGAUGAAUUCCAAAAGGGAGAACACUUGUAUAAAAUGAAAGCUGUGAAAGAAGCAUUGCAAAUUGGUUUUCAUCUCAGUGCAACUGUAGAUCCCUCCCAAAGCUCAACUCAGGGUAAAGGCUCAUACAAUGUCGCAGUUGUAUUUGACAGAAGACGAAUCACUUCUUGUAUGUGUACUUGUGGAAGCACAGCAUGGUGCUCUCAUGUAGUAGCUUUAUGUUUAUAUAGGAUUCAUCAGUCUCAUUCAGUUUGUUUGCGGGCUCCUGUGUCUGAAUCACUUUCAAGAUUGCGUAGAGACCAAUUGCAGAAAUUUGCUCAGUAUUUGAUUAGCGAGCUGCCACAGCAGAUUCUUCCUACAGCACAAAAACUCUUAGAUGAACUUCUCUCAUCUCAAGAAACUGCUAUGAACACUGUUUAUGGUGCUCCUGAUCCAACUGCUGGUCCAUCUGCUAGUGAACAGACAUCUUGGUGCUUGGAUCCUGAUACACUGCAUGAAAACAUCAAAAAAACACUUGUGAAACAUUGUCUCCCCACACCAAUGGUCUUUAGUGAUGUGAACUAUUUGUCUUCAUCAGCACCACCAGCUGCUGCAGAAUGGCAGAGCUUAUUGAGACCACUACGUGGUCGAGAACCAGAAGGUAUGUGGAAUUUACUUUCCAUAGUACGCGAGAUGUUCCGUCGCAGUGACAAUAACGCCGUCCCACUUCUUGAGAUACUCACAGAUGAAGUUCUACAAUGUGAACAGAUUUUAGUUUGGUGGUUUGCAACCAAAAUGUCCAGUUCUCACAGUGGUAACAGUAACCAUGUGAAUCGCUGCAACAGCAACAGUAGUGCAAAUGCUUCCCAACAUGCAGCAGCCAGUUUCUGUGAUGAAAUUGUCACACUAUGGCGACUGGCUGCUCUAAAUCCAAAACUGUCACCUAUCCAACGAGACGAUCUAUGCACUAAAUUCCGAGAUUGGCAUAUAUCCACAAUUGACAAAGUCAAAAAAAUUCGUGGUUCAAGCUUUGGCAUACCAGUUAGCCUGAAGAAGACUGAUAUUGAAAAUUUCUGUGGGUUUAAACCAGCAGUUGAGGCUUGUUCAUUGGACUGGGAAGAAUACAAUAUUCCUGGUAUAACAUACUCAGAGGGUCUUGGCACUCAGUAUCACAUUAGUCGCAUCCAAGAAACAGAGACUAAAAAAUUAUCUCGAGUACAGACUGUUGCAGUUUGUUCACAAGAUCUCAUCAGUUCAGAUUCUUCAACACGCUGCACCCAUCCAGCAAUGAAUUUUGACCCAACAACUGGCACAGACCUCAGGGAACCUCAUUACUUUUUCAAAAGCAUUCCAGGCCCUGGUUUGAUGUCUUUUGAUGUUGGCAACAUGGAUUCUGUUCUGAGUUCUGGUUCUGAGGGAUUUUGUGAACCAGAUAAAUCAGACACUGAAACAACUAGGAACUCGAGUAGCAGCAAUGGAAAGAACAAAGUCACACACCAAGAGAGUAUCGAUAACUCUGAGUAUAGGGGUAACUGUCAAAACUAUAAAGACAAGAACUUAGUUGACUCUGUAAAAUUUUCUGUGGUUGUGUCAGAUACAAAUGGUGACUCAGAUGCCUCACUUCCAGGGACAUCUGGCUGCCAAAAUGGAGCUAAGACUUCUGCACAUUCUGAGCAAGGAGGAGAAUCACCGCGCUUAGAGCCCAGUCUGUCUGCAGAGUCCCAGCCAUCAAGUGAUGAAUACCAGUUGUAUUUUUAUGAUACUAAAGUGUUGGUUAAAUCAUCAGAGUCUGAGAAAAAGAAAAAAGACAAAACUGAGGAACCAAAUUACUUCUUUGGUCUGAAGACUAGCUACAGCAAACAAGAUAUUUGGUUUGCACGUGCUGAAGCAUUACAUACACAUGGACAUAAUAAAGAAGCAUGUAAAUUAGCACAAAAAUUAGCUGAAGAAAUUCUUGCAAAUCCUCCAGAUUUCUUAGCUGAGGCUAACACAAUAUCAGCUCCUAAAGGAAAGAAGAAGAAGCUGCAAAAUAGUGUUAGUCUGUUAGCUAGUCAAACUCUUGCAAAAGCUGCAUUCUUGUGUAAUGUGCUCUCUGAAGACCCUGACUGUUAUCCAUUAGCCUUCAACAUUGCUAUGUUUGGCUUAGAAAUGCCUCGGCCUCCUGCAUCUAACAAAGUUUUGGAGGUAAAAUUAGCCUACCAGGAGUCUGAAUUAUUGACUUUAUUGAAGAAGAUCCCACUGGGUCAAUCAGAACUGAAUAUUUUGAGGGAAAAAGCAGAGCAACUUCGGGAUGGCAAAUUACAAUCACGAGGUGAAGCCCUCCUGCCUCUCACUUUGGCUAGUUUUAUAUUUGACCUCUUCUGUAUGCCAGCAAGUCCAGCUUGUGGUAACAAUGGCAAAUCACCUAACAGGUCACAAAGUCAAGUACUAACAAAAUUACCAUCAUAUGAAAAACUUGGAUUUGAGGCUGCUGUUGCUGCUCUUGGUUUGAAAGCCAAUGUUUCAGAAGCAGAACAUCCUCUUCUAUGUGAAGGGACUCGUAGACAGCGUGGAGAUUUAGCUAUUACAAUGCUUGUUCAUUACAAGGAUGACCAGGCGAAGUUGAGUAAGAUUAUUGACAAAUUACUUGACAAAGAAGUUCAUCAAAUGUAUAAAGCCCCCAGUUUGUCAACUUAUUUAUCCAAUAAAUCUGGUAGCCAUCAGUCAUCAUCAACAACUGGAAGUACUGAGGCUGGAGCUAAACGCACCAAAUUUGGUUCUUGCAGUGAUCCCAACACUACCAGUAGUAAAUCAUCUUCAACUCAACACUCAUCAACAUCAUCAUCAUCAUCAAGUCAACAGCAUGUAAAAGAAGACGACAGCAGUACAACAACUGUUACGGCAGCUGCAGUCUCCACUACAAACACCAUCAGCAGUCACUCAGCUUCUUCUGCUGGACGGCUUGAUUUACCUCAAUCAGGCAUGCUUAUGGGUUCAUCAGGUUCUGUGGGCGGUGAUCCCGAUCAGAGUGGAUGGCAAAAUUCUCCAGCACAGAGACUUGACUAUCUCAACCUUGAACAAGGACAAGCAACAAGCAAUCAUAGUACAGGUGCCCGACCAAAAACCAUGUAUUCUCUUAAAUAUAACAGUGGCAAAGAUACUGACAGUUCAGCUUUGGAAGAAGAUGGAGAUGAUUUGAAAGCACUUGAGGCUCGUAUACGCUGUAUGACUUUAAGGAAGAAACCAUCACAAGGUAUGGCUAGUAUUGAUAGCAGUGCACCAGAAACAACCUCAAGUGAUAACUCCCCUACUCUGAUACGUCGCAGUUGGUCAAAGCAUCAAGGGCCAGGCAGUGACAGUGGUAGCAGUGGUAAGAGUAGUGAUUCACUUGGGUCUAGUAGUUCCGAGGAAAAAGUUGCUGUUAACUGUAACAAAGUUAGAGAGAAUGAAAGUCUCACAAAUCCAUUUCUGGCCAGGAUCACUUCCUUAGUUCUUAUUGAUACAAGAAUGCCAUCUACUAAUAUGAAGACUAUCAGAUACAAAGGAAAAAGAAUUAUACCAACUACACCAAAUCAGCCAAGUGAAGCUUCUGCUCAUUUUAUGUUUGAGUUGGCAAAGAAUGUUUUGUUUAAAGCUGGGGGUAAUAGCUCAACCUCACUUUUUACACGACCCCCAAAUAACAACAAUCCUACUGGACCACAUCGCAACUUACAUCUAUGUGCUUUCCAAAUUGGUCUCUAUGCUCUUGGAUUACACAAUUGUGUAUCACCCAACUGGCUGUCUCGUACCUACUCUUCUCAUGUUUCUUGGAUAACAGGUCAAGCAAUGGAGAUUGGGAGUGCUGCAAUCAAUAUUCUUAUUGAUACUUGGGAAGGUCACCUUACCCCACCUGAAGUUGCAUCUCUUGCUGACCGUGCUUCAAGAGGUCGAGAUCCCAACAUGGUAAAGGCAGCAUCUGAACUGUCUCUCUCUUCUUUACCCCAUGCUCAUGCUUUAAAUCCCAUUGAAGUGCAACGUGCCUUGCUUCAAUGCAAGGAACAUAGCAAAGAGAUGCUGGAGAAAGCUUGUCUUGCUGUUGAAAGUGCUGCUAAAGGCGGUGGUGUUUACCCUGAAGUUUUGUUUGAAGUGGCACGACAUUGGGACAAGAUGGCUGAAGAGUCUGCUCACCUUAGUAAUAAUGGAAGUGCACAAGAUUUGUCUGUGGCUUUGGAAGCUUCCCAUUCUCAAGAUGAAGAUAGCAACCGGCCAUUGAUGGUGGAUUGUGUAGGAGACCAGAUAAAUCCUUCAUCUAACACCUCUUCUGCUCUUCCUAUGAUUACUUACAACCAACAGCCUUCUCACACAUCUACUAAUUCACAGGUCUCCACCCAAGGAACUCCUCCACCACCACCGCAAAUUAUCUUGCAUUCCUCUAACCAUAUGAACCAUCCUGGACCAAUGGUGAUUCCAUACACACUUCCUGGGCCUGCCCAAAAUGGCCAGAUGCCCCACCACCCAACCACCUAUGUGCCAACAUACAGUAUCUUCAAUCACCACCACCAUCAUCAGUACCCUCCACCACCACCACCUCCCCCACAGACUACUCACAUUCCACUCCAUAAUAAUUUGCACCACCCUGGAGCCUAUAUUACAACUUAUUCUUAUCAGAACCAGUCACCAUUUCCUGUUGGUAACCUUCAGAACAUUCAGAAUGUUCAUCAAAAUACUGCACAGAUCUUCUCCAAUGGAACUAAUAUCCGACAUCUAGGCCCCACCAUGCAAAUCUAUCCAAACCCAAACUGUCAACUUGGGUCACUUCAGCCAGUGCAUGGUGGCAACACAGCAACAGCAACUGCAGGAAAUAAUGUUCAACAUGUGGACCAACCUCCUGUGUUUACACCAUGCCAGCCUACCUCCUCAAACUGUGUUCCUGGCCAGCAGCAAGGCCCACUUUGUGUUGGCCAGCAACAGCAGCAGCCUGUUGGACAGUCCAAUAUUCAAACCCCUUCUGCUAUUAAUAAUCAGACACAAAUGAACUACCUGAUGGCUGCCUAUAGAGUUGGCAUGCUAGCUAUGGAGACACUUGGUCGGAAUGAUCGUCCACAUAUGAAAUAUGCUCGCAACCCUCCCUAUGGUGAGGAUGUCAAAAGACUCCUUGGAGUUGCCAUCAAAUUAGGAAGCAGUUAUUUGCAGCAGUUUUGUGCCAGUGCUGUUAACGCUGUAGUCAGUCCAUUCGUUCUCUACGACAUUGCCUGGGAAGCUGCGCACUAUCUGGCUCAUAACAACCAGACUCCAGUGCACAACUGCCUGCGCUCAAACUUCCUCAACCCACUGGUGCAGAAGUGUAUACAGAUGUUCAUGCAUUGUGCGCAUCAUCGCAUUCAUCAUAUAACAUCACCUGAAUAUGAUGAUUUUGUCAGCAUCAUCUGUACUGCACAGAAAGCAUUCUGCAUGUCCCCUGGGGGCCCUGUGCAGUUCAAUGAGCUGCUCCAAAGUCUACGCCGCUCCAAGUCAUGCCGCAAAGAACUCUGGCAGAAAAUUGUCAAUGGACUCACACGGGGAGCAUGUAAUGUCACCAGCUCUAAAAUUUCUCUAUAAGCAAAAAGAUACUCUGGAAAUAAAUAUUAAUGCUGGCAUUUGUUUGAGAUGUCAUCUUCUAAAUUGCAGGCUGCAGUGUUAAAUUCACUAUAAUAAGUAACAUCACAACUCAUAAUUUUUUCUAGUAGACAUUAGUGAAAACACUUGCAAUUAAAAGUUUACUUAUUUGCCUUUAGUCCCAAGUAGGUAAGCAGAUGUCUGUAAAUGCAAGCAUUGAUAGCUUCAAUUAUUCAGGAAUCAUGCAUUCACUCAAUGAAGAAAAUGUGAUCUGCUGGAAAUACAUACCUAGGAAUGUGUAUUGUCACAAUUAGUAUAGUAAGCUAAAUAUAAGUCCUUGAAUAUUAUAAAAUAUUAUAAAAGCAGUGGUUUGUUUUUCUUGUUCUCACCUCCGUUUGUAUUGACCCUAAUCUUUCUGUUGUUGCUACUUGUCUAACAAGUAGAAGUUACAUGGCUAUUAUUGGCUUUUUUUGGGGGGUGGACAAUAAUGUCUUCCUUGCAAGACAAAUUAAAAAUAUGUGGAUUCAAAGAAGGAAAUGUUUUUAAAAAUUUGGACUAGAAAAAUUAUUUUAUAAAAUUUUAAUUAUAAUUUUAAUUUAACUUUU